UUGGUAACACCGGUGCGCUAAAAAAGCUUGCAAACUUCACGCACCUAACCUGCGCUGGACAUCGACUCGUCCGUAUCUCCAAACUCUGGGAAAAUGUAUAUUGAUUUUUCAAAGAAAAGUCAACCGAUGUAACAAAACACUACUCGUCGAGUGUUUAUACGCGAAGUGAAGUGCCGCGGUGGACGUGCAGCGUCGUCGACAUGGUGCGACGGGGCCCGUCGGCGCGCCCCGAGUGAGGUCGGAGAGAGUGUCGCGUCGCUCGGCCGACGGCCCGCAGCCCUGCGGCCGCGGUCCGGCGCGUCAUGGACGCCGGCGCCGACCCGCUGCGAGCCGCCAGGCCGUGAGUAUCGCCGCCAGCGGCCCACGCCGUCGAUUAUUUCGGUCCCCGCGAGCCCCGUGAGCCCGACCGCCGCGCCGUUGCGAAACGGCCGCCGCGCUCGUCGAACGGACGUUCUCCCGCUACCGCGGCCUCCGCGCUGCGCCAUUUCGAAACGUCGCCUCGUCCGCGAGCUGAGGACGGGCCGAUAGCGAUCGGCGAGGCGGCGAGCGCGGCGCCCGAGCGUGACCGCCUCCGCCCGCGCGGGCCCCGGCCCCGGCCCGGCCCGUGCGCGUGAAUGACUCCGCGCUCGGGCUCGCCGCUCGUGUUUACAGUUUUUGCUGCGGCUCCGGUGCGCCGCCCUUUGUCCGGUGGGUCGGCGGAGGCGCUGGUCGGGCUCGCGAGGCGCGCUCGCCAGUGAGUUAUGGCCGGCCGCUGCCCGCUAGUGCAUGCGAGCCGUGCACCGCGCGCCACACGUACCUAACGUACGCGCCUAUCUAUAGCUAUACGCGGCGAAGGCUGCGAGACGCGAGUACGUACUACUCAAACAAAGCGUUUUGCCCACAAAUCCAUAGUGGCAGGCUCGCACGGGCAGCGGUCGUGUUCUUUGUGAAACGUCGCGCGCGGAGUCGCGGGUGAUGUCAUGUGGCCUGCCGCUUCGGCUCUGGGAACAUCUGGCCGAUUGUCACUCGUUAAUUUUAGUCUGCAUUUUGAGGUUAGGUGGUGAUUAGUGUCGCAAGUGAUCGGUGCAGCCGUCGGAACGUACCAGUGGUUCAACUCAGUGUCCAGUGCGUGGCCGUGUCGCAGUGUGUCAGUGCACAUGAACAGUGAGAGUGCAGACAGUAUGCGCCUCGCGAGGGUCGCGCUCUGUGAGCCAUUGCCAGUGAGUUUGUCACGCCAAUAACUCACAGCAGCCCUCGGUGACAGGUGACAGUGUUGAAUGUGUUGGAAGUCAGCAGUGCCCGCAGGAGGCUUGUAGUGAGCCAGCGGCAGUGGACAGUGGAUGUGACCAGCCGCCCGCCUCAUGCUCAGGUGAUGUUCCUGUUCUCACACCCACACAGGGAGGAGGGCGAUGAUAAGCCGAAGCCGCCGGAGAGCCAGGACGACGGGUACGAGACGAGCAACAGCGGCGAGGCGGCGCGACGCAAGCCCUCCAGCGCCGAGGGCUCGCCCGCGCCGCCGCCCGAGCCCUCGCCGCCGCCCGACCCGCCCUACGAGCCCAUGAUGCGCUACCCGCAACCAGAACCAGAACCCUAUAGACAUUUCGAGCAGCCCGCGCCGCCGGGGCUCUCGGCGCCGGAGCCGCAGUACUUCCCGUUCCCCAAGUACAGCGAGCCGUACGCGUUCAAGCGCGAGGACGUGCCGUACGACAUGAGCCAGCAGCAUGCGCACGCGCACGCGCACCAGCAACACCACCAACAGCACCAAUACGCGCUGCCGCACCAGCAGAAGCGAGACGAAGACAUCUACAAUGGCAUCAAGCGCGAGUGCGAAGACCCGUACUCGUUCGCGGAGGAGGAGGCGGCGAUGUGCGCGAUGCUGCAGCAGCCCGCGCCGCACGCGCUGCUGCACGAGCACCACCUCAUGCACCCGCAGCAGAUGCUGCUCAACCAGCCCAAGAAGCGCGGCCGCAAGAAGAAGAUCAAGGACGAGAACGGUAUGGAGAUAAAGACGGAGGGCAUGGAGGGCGCGCUGGUGCCGCGGCCGGUGAAGGAGCGCAAGAAGCACGACCGGUUCAACGGCAUGAGCGAGGAGGAGGUGUCGCGCCGCACGCUGCCCGACCACCUCGCCGAGAACCUCGACAUCAUCAUUAUCGGCAUAAACCCGGGUCUGUUCGCGGCGUACAAGGGGCACCACUACGCGGGCCCCGGCAACCACUUCUGGAAGUGUCUCUACCUGUCCGGACUCACCAGGGAGCAGAUGAGCGCCGAUGAAGACUACAAGCUGUUGAACUUCGGCAUCGGUUUCACGAACAUGGUGCCGCGGCCGACCAAGGGCUCGGCGGACCUGACGCGGCGCGAGAUCAAGGAGGGCUCCGCGGUGCUGCUGGAGAAGCUGCAGACCUUCCGGCCCAAGGUGGCCGUCUUCAACGGGAAGCUCAUCUACGAGGUGUUCUCCGGCAAGAAGGACUUCUGCUUCGGGAAACAACCGGACACCGUCGCCGGCACCAACACUUACAUGUGGGUGAUGCCGUCGUCGUCGGCGCGCUGCGCGCAGCUGCCGCGCGCGGCGGACAAGGUGCCGUUCUACGCCGCGCUGAAGAAGUUCCGCGACUACCUCAACGGACUCGUCGCGCACGUCGACGAGGCCGAGCUCGUGUUCCCCGACAACACCAGCCGCCGCCCGCAGGAGGAGAUGGAGAUCCGCAGUGUCGGCAGGCUCACAAUGGAGCCGGAACCAGGCGACACGAUCAUCCUGGAGGACGGCACUGAGGUGCCGCUUAAGAAGAAGCGAGGCCGACCCAAGAAGGUGAAGCUGGAGAACGGCGAGACCGCGCCGCCCACCCCCCGCGCCCCGCGCCAGCCGCGACCCCCGCCCACGCUCGACCCCAACGGAGACCAGCCACCCAAGAAGAAGCGUGGUAGACCCAAGAAAAUACGCCCCGAAGAACAACAGUUCCUCAUGCAACAACAACAACAGCAACAGCAACAACAGUCGAACCCCAUGCUGCAGUCGUCGCUGUCGUCGCUGUCGUCGCUGCCGCACGAGCAGGGCUACCUGGCGCCGCACGCGGGCGAGUUCCCGCAGCAGCUCGGCUCGCUGCCGUCGCUGCCGUCGCCGCUGGCGCAGGGCUCGCUGCUGUACUCGCACGCGCACCCCGCGCACCCGGCGCACGCGCACCAGGCCAUGCCCGACGGCGCCGGCUACUUCCAGCCGCAGCCGCAGGCCCAGCCCGCCGGCGGAGACGGCACACCAUGCGACAUGUCCGGCAUGGACUCGCCACUGGACGUGUCGUCGGCGCUGGGCAUGUCGCGCGGGUACUCGUCGCCGGGCGGCGGCGUGGGCGGCGUGGGGUACUGCUCGUCGCCGCGCGGCGUGUACGCGUCGCCCGCGUCGCAGGCGUACAGCCCGGGCGGGCGCGCGGCGCCGUCGCCGGCGGGCGGCGCGGGCGGCGCGGGGGGCGGCGCGGGCGGCGGGUACGGCUCGCCCGCCGGCCGCGCCUUCAGCGCGCGCUCGCCCAUGUACGCGCACAGCCCCGCGCACCAACCCUACCACCAUCCGCACCAGCAAUCGAGUCCUGCUCAGCAACCUCGAUUCUCGCAGUCGCCUCAUCCGCACCAUCCACUACCCUACGCACGCUCGCCCGCACCACAGACGCAGUCACGGCCGUACUCGCGGUCUCCGGUGCCGUCGGGCGCGGGGGUGGUGGGCGUGGGAGUGGGGGUGGGAGGCAACACCACGCCGUUCCCGGCCGCGUCGCCCGCAGGCGGCGGCUACACGCCCUCGCCCGCGCACACUCCCUACAGCCACCGCUCCUCGCCUGCGCCCUCCUCACGCACUCCCACAUACACAGACGCGCAUCACUUCCCACAUCAGAGCGGCAGCGGCGGCAGCGCGUUCGGCGGCGAGCUGGGCAGCGAGAUCGGCGCGGCCAUCUCGUCGCCGGGCCCGGUGUCGCCCGGCAUGGCGGCGCUGGACUUCGAGCCGCCGCGCGACCCCGAGCGCGCCGCCAGCCCCGCCAGCGCCGACCUGCACCCCGCCUCCAACUCCGACUCCUCGCUCUCCGACUACAACAAGACGUCGGUGGGCGGCGAGAUGUCGCCGGCGGGCGUGGGCGCGGGCUCGUUCGGCGCGCUGUACGAGGGCGAGCCGCGCCUGCAGUACCCGCACGCGCCGCACGCGCUGCACGCGCAUGCGCACUCGCCCGCCGCGCAGGACAAGGACCACUACCACUACCGGCAGGACCAGGGGAGCGGUGUAUCCGAGAGCCCAAGAUUAGACCAGAUGCACCAGCAUCAAUCCAUGUAUCCCAACAACUUCAACCGGUCGACGCCGCCGGGUCCAGUGGCGGAGGGUCCGUUCUCACCGCUGCCUGCCGCGUUCCGCCCGCCCGAACACCCGCACACGCCACACACGCCGCAUACACCACACACACCGCACACGCCGCUACAUCACCAGCCCGGUUCUCCGGGUGACUACAGCGGCACAGUGAAACCGAAGUCGCAAGACGUCGCGUCCAAGUCCCUGUCGGGUCUGGAAUCGCUCGUGGACCAGAUCCCGUCGAUAGCGGAGGGUCCGGGCGGCGCGGCGGGCGUGGCGGGCGGAGUGGGCGGCGUGGGGGGAGUGGCGGGGGUCGGCGGCGUGGGGGGCGUGGGCGGCGUGAGUGCGGGCGCGACCGAGCAGCCCGCGCCGGCGCCCGUGCCCGCGCUGCCCGAGUACGCGCCCGCGCUCUACGGGCCCUACGGCGCGUACGGCGGCGCCGCCUACGGGAACAACGGGUACGGCGGUCCGUUCGUGGGGUACGGCGGCGGCUGGGGCGCGACGGUGAUGCGGCCGGCGCCGGGCUACCUGCCCGAGUGGCAGUACGGGUACGGCGCGGGGGUGCCGCCCGCCUACGCGCCCUACAACGCGCCCUACUACAACGGGUACGCGCCGCCGCCUGCCCAUCACCAGCAGGCGCACUACCUGUCGGCGCCGCCGCUGAUCGACCUGCACAAGAACGGCGAGCACGCGGGCGGCGUGCCGGCCGUGCCCUCCGUGCCCUCCGUGCCGUCCGUCGGCUUCGGCGGCUUCUGUUAGUGCACUCACGCGACCACACUGUACAUACCACACGCGGACUUUUUAUCUGUCGUUUUAACGAGGUACGUGAUUUGUUUCUUUUGUAAGCGAUCGUCAGUAUUGUGGAGGACUGUUUGUGGUUGAAUCUCAGCGCCCGGCGCCGGCCGCGCGGCCGCUGCAGACUGCAGUGCCGGACUGCAGUGAUGUGCUCCCGCGCACGGGCUGCAGCGGCGCGAGAGGCGCCGGCGCCGGCUCGAUAAACUAUAGUGUAAGUAGCGAAAUUGGACUGAUGUAUCGACUCGAAUGGCGGUUUUUUAUCGAAUUAAUACAAUUUUUGUAAAGCAAUCGUUAGUGAUGUAAUUUAAUCUUUUUCAAAUUGAUGAGCUUAAUUUAUAGGUGGUUUAUUUGUAAAUAUUGUAUGUAUUAUUAUUUUGAUUCAUCACAUAUUUCUUUUAUUAUUAUUAUUUAAACUAAUCGCUCGUUACAUCACAGGUUAUAUCGCAAUUUGUAUAACCCUCUAUGUUGUGGACAUGUUUAUCGUAACCCAGUUAGAGCCGCGAAUGAAACAAGAGUAUAAUACAAUAAAACUGGUACCAAAACUUUCGAUGAAAGACUUUGACAAGUCGGAAUGAAAGCGAAUAAAGUUUAAGCAUAUCCACAGUGUGAAGGGUGUGUUUGUGCGCGUGAGCGGCGGCGGUGAGCGGCGGCGGCGAGCGGGCGCGGGUACCGACGUAUUCGGAGAGUCUGUGAUCCUCGUCAUGUCUAACUAACUAAUGGCCAUUGUUAUUGCCAUACGGAAAAAAUGUGUUCGGAAACGUUCGAUAUGGAGUGGCGCACGCGCAGUGCUGUCGGUCGCGGUUGUGUCCGGAGUGACAGCGGUGGCGGUACAUAGAGGCCAUAUUAUGAGACGAUACGAAAUGGGAUUUUCUACUGUCUGUAUGUUGUAACAAUCUAUGUUUCUACGUUUGUAAUAUGAGGCUUAUUAUGUGGCGAAACCGCUACAAAACCCAAGCUGUACAAGCUAACACGAUUGUGAUCUCAUUGGUAUAUAAGAAUGUGACAUUAAUGAUCUUUGUUUAAGUUAAUUAUGAAUUAAAAUAUCUUUUCGCUGUGAUAUUGAGAACUUGGUAUUGGUUUAGUACAGGCGGUAAUUGUUAAACUAACGCGUGGGUCGUGUUAGCUUGCCGGCUGAGAUGGACUUGUUUAGUCGAUGCUGCUUUCCAGUACACAGUUUUUGUGAAUAUGUCCAUAAAUGUGUAAAUUUUACAUAUGACACAGUUAUCGUGGUAUUUGCAGCUCGCUGUGUACUCGCGAGCAGUCUCGAUGUUCGCGCGAGGGACCGACGCUCGUGGGCGGUGCACACUCGUGGCAGAAUCCUUAACAUUUAUUCGUUAUUCAUUUGGGAUUCAGCCAGAAAUUGUUAUACGAAGUCUUGCCAAUGAUGUGUUUCGCUCUAGUCACUUAUUAAUUCGUGUCGGCUAGUCAAAAUGAUAACGUACCCUGCGCCGCACCUCGCCCCCGACACUUGUCGCGCCGAUAUUAUAUAUUAUAUAGAAAAAAAUAUUAUUUUUUGUAUCUAAGUCACAAGAACGGCCUACGAAAGGAAUAACGUAUACUUUUUAUUUUUUAGAAUUUAGUUUGUAAUGUUUUGUGACACUAUUUAUAAUUAGCAUUUUGUAUUCUACUGUCGCAACGAGGCGGCCAUUUUGUCGGCGCGGUCAAUGACUGUCUGUGGUGCGCGGAUAUAAACUUGUGGAUCAUUUUUUAAUGAAUAUUUUAUGAGGUAUUGUAUUUUCCAUGUUACCAACAAUGGUUACUUUUUUUUUAUAAAAAAAUAUAUUUUUAAAUCUUUUUAAAAUCCUAUUGUGUUGUUACCAACCGAAAAGAAAUGUGUAAAGGUUUUUUGGCCUUACCUGUAUAAUGAAUUGUAUAAUUAUCCCGUCGAGCACCGCAGAAGGAAGUCAGUGGGCGCGCCAUUGCCAUGGACACCGUGCAUUUUACUAAACGUUACCCGAUCAGUUACAUUAGCUUGGAGUCGCUAGUGAAAUAGCAUAAUUUUACAAUAAUUAUUGAUAACCUAUAUUUUUAUUAUACGCGCCAUUUUAUUAUAAGGCCAUUGACGUGAGAAUAAAUAAUAAUUUAAAACUUGUCGGAAUGCGUCCAGUCUUACAGAAUAUUGUGUUAAAUUGUAAACUGAAAUAGCACAGAUUGCAUUUACUUAUUUUUAUUUUAUUUUGACGUUUUGCUUACACAUUUACACUAUUUGCAAAUCCAAAAACAUUACCACUACGUAUGUUUUGAAUAAUUUGAUUUAUUUAUUAAGUAAAUAUAGCUUUAUAAUCAAAAAAGUACUACGCAGUUAUUUAAAGCUUUAAAAUAUUUUGAUUUAGCCUGAAAACUAAUCAAGGACAUCGCGUAAUUGUGUAGUGAGCGUCGCACGAAAGUUAAUAUUUAUUCUCACGGCACUUCUUGUACCGACUGGUAACAACCUCUAGGUUUAGUUGAACGGUUACGAAGCAUAAUGUUUACAUAGGGUGCUGAUUAGUUGAAUUGUUUCCUCGUUUUUUAUACGAAUGUCGCUCUACAAUAAGUAGUGUUUAGAGUCCUGUAUUACGUGUCGAUGUUGAAAUGUGUACGAGGUGCUAGAUAAGAGUCAUUGAUGACCGGUUAUACUGAUGUUUGAAUAUUUACUGAAGGGGCGACUAAUGUAGAGGUCUAAGAUAUGACAGCUAUACAUUAGCUAACAUUAAAGAAAAUAGUCCUAAUUUUGCACAACUAAUUAUUGUGUUGUUCCUGUAAGGAACUAACAUAACGCUGACAUGAUGUACAUUUCAUAUUACAAAACAUUCGAGCCACGUGACUGGCGCCUUGUACCAUUGAUGCGUUGUAUGUCGUACAAUACGGGAGUUUAUGUUUCAUUAUUAAGUCUUUAGUGUGUUGUUGAUGUUUUAUUUUCCACUUUUUGACGAUAUUUUUAGGUAUUGGGUCGUGUACAGAUAGAUAAAGUAAGGGUCGAUUCACACAAGAGCCAACACGUGCAACGAAUGAGCGUGGCAUCCGUGGGAAGCGCGAUUCGAAUUGCAAUCGAUCGCUUUGUGUCCUCGUUCGUGAAGUACAAUUAUUAUUAUAAGAACGCUCCAAGGCUGUUUUCGAGGCAUUUGUAUCUUUAACUCGUAUUAUUGUAUAGGAUAACUACAGGACUUGGAGAGAAGUUCGACAAUAAAGAUCUCUACAAAGUGGACAUUAGGGUUUUAAAUAUAUACAUUUAUUGCACACGUAGCUCGCCACUGUAAAUUCGUUUCAGGUGUUCGCUUUUUGACAAUCGACAAAUAAGUCCUUCCGCAUACUAUAAUAUAAAACUGUCGGUGUGUAGGCGAUCCGCCUAGUGUAUAAAUAGUGGGUCACAUCUGGAAAGUGAAAAUUCUCUUGUACAAAACAUUUUAUUAAAUUUUUUCUUUGCACAAAAGUCUUAAAAUUAAGCUAAAAACGAAAAUAACAUACGUAAUAAAGACAUAUACUUUUAAUGGUAGGUAUACACGAAUGAAUUUAUACGGUAGUGAAAAGGACGCGUCGGUCACCGGAGAGUUGGUAGGGUCGGUCGGAUUGUGCUCAAUGCUUGAGUUGUGUUCUGUCUCGCCUUCAAAUAGUGCAGCGGUCUCUGGUCUGAGUCUGUGCCACAAGCCACGUGUCGGGUGUGGUAUCAUACGCGCAUCUCUCGAUCUCGCUUCCAUCUACUGCCUACUAUUUAUACUGUACAAUGUACAUCUCGCUGCACUAUUUAAACGCAUACUUAAUUAUUUUUUUCGUAAUGCAGAAGGGGAAAAUUUAUAAGUUUAAAAAUGAAAUCAACAGGGUAUUUAAGAUUGCUUAAGAUUUAUUAUUUUAUAUUUAUUAUUAUUUAAUAAUGCGUGCUUGCUUAGCGCUGUUUUGUUUGGAUUAAGGUUAUUCUGUCGCGCGCCUGUCGUGCGUACAUCGCGCGUUGCGUGUGCGUGUCGUCGGCGGCACGUGGCUAUCGCGCGAUUCUGCCCUUGUAUUUACUUUUUGUUUAUGUUUGACAGCUGCACGGAAACACACGACUUGAAUAUAUUGACAUUUAUAAAAUACUUGGAACAUAGGGUCUAAAUUUGAAUCUCAAUUACACUUAAGCAUUUAAUUAUGUCAAUCAUAAUAAAAUUUAUUGUAUUAAUGGUUCGUACAACUUUGAAGUUGGUGAUGACAUUUCAGUAGAACGAAACAAGCGUUUGUGUGAUUCAGACGUGUUUAUGCAAUGCCAAGUGUUACAUAUUUGACGCUAAAAACAUAUUGCUUCAGUAUGGGCUCAAAGGUAUUUGUAAUUGGUGUAUUUUAAUAUCCGUCAUAUUUUAACUAGAGUUGUGUGGGUGUCGUGCAGCGGUCGGUCGCAGUAACGCCUUUGUACAUAAUGAGUGCUUUAUUACGCUUUUUUAUAUUAUUUAACAAAGUACAUAUUCGUAUUUCUAUUUUUGCUUUAUAUGUUCAUUUCACACGCGGUAUGUGUGGACGGGAUUCUCUUUGGUUACGUGUGUAAUAAGAGUAACAGUAGGUCGAUACCUCGCACAGUGAUAAUUUAUUGUUGGAGCGGAAAUGUUUUUCUUCCGAAAAAUUUCGCCAAACUUUGCCUACUGUUAAUCUUUAUUACACUAUGUUGGGUAAGUUGCGUCGUGGCGGUCGUUGAUAUUGAGAAAAUUACUUUUAACAUUUCGGGACGCUCUGUACUAUACGUUGUGUCUUCUCUUAAGCUCGACCAAGUAAUCUUAAUUCUUCUAGCAGUUUGCGUGUUCAUAAAAGACAACAAACAGUGCUACAAUUUUGAAAAAUGGUUACAAUUAAUCCGAUCCGUAAUACUUUAUAUAAUUUUAGUUACAUCUGCAUCAGUCAAUUGCCACGACGCAUCAACCGCGAACGAUUGAAGGCCUAUCAAACACACGCCACUGUUGUAACCGGGUGCUAGAGCUGUCGUCACAUCACGCGGCGGGAGGCGGCCUUAAAUGUGACCCAAUCUACCGACAGAACGGGGCAAGGGAAUUUAAACUUAAUUAUUUUGAAUUCUAAUAACUUUACAAUUCGUAUUUCAUUAGUAUCAUUUGACAUUUCAUUUAAGAUGAUAUCAAUGGAAAAUUUAUUCUAUAUUUAUUGUUUUAAAAUUAAAAGUAAUGCGACUUUUAAAUCCUAUGCCAUACUGUGCUGCCGAUAAAUUUCGGGAUUAUCAACUGCCUAUCCUCUGUGAUAUUUAUGUGACUGUCCGUGUGACAACCAGUGAGACUGCCAGCUCCCGGCGCGUGAGCAGCUUGCUUCUUUGUAACUUGUGGUUUAUGUGUAGACGGUAGACAAAAACAUUCCAUUGUCUGUGCUAUGGUCUUUACAGACCUCCGACUUGUCUUAACAAGUGCAAAAAAAUCCUUUCCCGUUCCUCCACUUCUGAAAAGAGUGCUGUCUCAUAGCAAAAUACAGUUAGGAGUAUGAUAAACUAAUAGAAUAGCACAAAAUUCACAUGUGUUCCACGCUGGGCUAUGACCAUCAAUGCAGUGGAUCUUGCGUUGUGGUCAAUUCCAUUGGUAAGUCAUUUUUCUAGGCCUGUGCGCUCUGGUACGUAAGUGCCCUAUCUCGACAAAGUAAGUAAUUACUUAAGAAGACACCUUAAAUGUUUGUCGAUGAAUUAUAAGCCGUACUUUAAACGAACUGUAUAUUUAAAUGAAGCGCGUCAAAGUAGUGUUUUUGUGUCGCAGUCUACACGUGCGUUAGUUGUAUUUCAAGUUUCCUUAUCGAAUAGGUUUUUUGGCGAAUUCCUUUACGCAACGGAGUGCAAUGUCGGGAGAUUAGUGUUUUGUCUCGUGUCUGAUUGUUGUAUUAUUGUAUUUUUAAUAUUAUUGAGUUGCGAGUUGUGUCACAAUGAACGCUGUAGAUGGUUGGUGAUAUACCACAGAGCCUGUUCAACUAUAAGUGGUGUUCGCCGCUGGGGGGUGCGACGAGACGGACGUGCAUGUCUUGUACAAAUAUUCGACGAAUUAUAGCAUUAGUCAAAGAUAUUUGUACACCCAGAUCAGCUGCGAAUAUCGCGUGUAGAUCGAACGUGAUUUGAUGCUGACGUUUAGUGACAAUAUCGUAUCCUCAGGCAAAGAACGCAAGUCUUAUUAAUACUUUCAUUGUUAGCCUGAAGACAUGAAAUAUUUGUUAAUUUAUUUCGGUAAACAAUUUUGGAGGCAUUUAAUAAAAAUUCACAGACCAUCUGUAACGUUUAUUUUGUGAUCCUCUCGCACCGGACCGUUUGGCAUAAACGAGUGACUUUCGACUUUCCUAUCAGGUGCAUAAAGUUUAGGAUUGUAUGAUAUUAGCAGCGAGUGGAGUCAGGACGUGCUGGACUAACUUUUAGAUUUUAGUGCGCGAGGUUAGGACGUAAAUUCGGUGGUGUUGCCGCGUUGUAUUUGUGCUUCUAUUGUAAAUUCGGUUUGUUGUCUAUACAUACAUGCUAAGAACAUAACGUAUUGUGAAACGUCUGUUGUAUAUCUAUAUUUACAUUUUGUUAUUCAAUAAUAGAAUAAAAAUAAUGGUUUGCUAUUUUUAAACAUUUUACGAAACGUUUUAAUAUGGCGACCGAAUUUACGCUCAAAUACAUACGCGUUCUUAAUAAUAAGUCUCUAUCAACGAGUUAGUGUUAGUGUGUACACGUGUUGUUCGCGGACGAGGCGCGGGCGCGGGCGCGGGCGCGGGGAGCGGACGCGGCUCGGCGGCGCGCGCGCCUCGCCGGCGCCUUUAUCUCCUUACAUGUCGCUGCUCGCGUGCGAGUGGACUUCACACGACUCGUUCGCAAUAUAGUGGCUUGGAACUCUUUCUCCUUCAUGGCAGUCGGUAAAAUCACAUAAAUAAAAACUAUCAUUCAUAAUAUGAAUUACUUAAUUAGGCUUCUUUUAAAUAAAAUACAAACAUUACCUAUAUUCUUAUCAAUUGUAGAGUUGUAAGCCACGUUACUGGGAACAUUUUAAAAACACAUUGUACUUAAGGUUGUAAGCGUGUGCAGUCCACCAGCAAGCGAUCAGCUUUUAGUUAUGGGCGGCUUAGACUGUCAGUUUUGACUGCAUAAGUUAAUUAAGAAUUACAAUAGGUCUAUGCCAGUUAUAUUAAAUCUCCAGUGUAUUAAUUUCAGUAAUAAUGAAUGAAUUAUUAAACCUAUUGAUUAUAACACGGUCUAAAAUAACGAAGCAAACUGAUGUCAGUCAAGGCUGGCGGUGUAGCGCGUCUCUUAGGGUUGACCAGUGUAUGCAUUGAGUCGCUCAACUAUUUGUACAGUAUGUAUAUUUUUGUAAAAUUCACUUUUAACUUGCGGUGGCAAUAUUAUGAAAUUUUAAAAUUUAUCUAUAAUAUUAAAACUUAGUACAAUUGUUACGCAGUUACUUUGACCACUGGGGUUUUGUUUUGUAUAAUCUGUCGUUAUAAACUUGUGAGUACAGAAACUAAGGCUAAACUUAAAUCCUCAUGAAAUGUUAAACCUGUCUACGAUUAAUUGUUUCUAUGAAUAAAUCAAUGUUAAAAUGACUGCCUUUAUUACAAUCUGAAUACAAGUUAGUUUGGUGAUAUUGAUGUUAAUACAUAGUUGCACGACUCACAAGCUCGCACUGAUGUCGAACACAGGAGCAGACCGUAUGCGGACGUCCUUAUCUGCAGUUCCAAACAUUGUUGCCUGCGAGUAUCAUCAAACCUUUUGAACAUUAUCACUAAUUAAUAUAAAGCUUCAUUUGGACUGUAAAAAUAGAAUACAAAUGCUUAUCCAAAAAUGGUUUGGGACUGAGAUGAGGAGCGCCAAUACAAGCUGCUCGUUAGAGUUUUACGAUAACGCGCCUUCGCGCACUGCUUGGUUGUGAAUUAGUGUCGCUUACGGUUCCCUACUCCGUCUGCUGUCCGCUGCGAAGUAUUCGCUUAACCAGUAUUGUCGUGCCAAAAAUGUAUGCGCCUCGAUUCCUGCACCCUCUACGCGUCCAGGUUCGGUCCCGCACCUGACUAUACCGGGUCGGGGUAAGAACCAUAGCUGACGCUUCUGAGUGCGGGAAUAGAGGACCGGAGCUUUGAAGCAAUAACGUAUCAACUUAGUCUCAAAUCGAAAGCAAUAAUGACUGGGCCGCGAAGCUGCAGUUUAUUUUACAAAAUUCACCCUCUAUUCGAAUAUAAGGAAUCAUUUUUCAUUGCCAAAAUUGUACUUUUUCAGAUUCUUGUGAUAGCAUUUAGUGCAAACAUGUGUAUCUUUCCGCCAGGUCUAAUAAUACCUGUGCAGGAAUUUAGAUUAUGUAACCAAUGUCCAUUAUAGAACAUUGCAUCCAUAGUAAUACUGUAAUCCGAUCAUUUUGUUCGUCAUAUGUAUGCCUUUAUUAUGUUCAGAUGUUGUACUAUUGGAACCAAUUUUCAUAUUUAUUUCUAUGUUUUCAUCAACAUAAGAUGCGAAUAAAAAGUAUCGCCAAAAUAUCAAAAUUGUGUCCAUUACAGCAACGAUCAGGCGGAGUUAGAUCCUAGCUCAAUUUUAUUAAACAAUAAUUAUAUUAUUGUACUUGCUUGUUAUUUGUCGUUGGAACUGUAGUCAAUUCCCCUUGGCUGACUACACACAAUGUGUACAUCGAUUCCACACUCCCGCCGUUACGGGCAUCGAACUUUUAAGUUUAGCGUUGUGCAGUAUUCUAAAACAAUUCAAUUUACUAUAUACUUGCCAGUCAAUUGACAUAAAUGAACAUCUCAGCCAGGCAUAUGUUGUCUAGCUAUCUUAAGUGGGUCGGAAGCAUAAAGCGAGUGUGUGGAACCGACGUGGCAUCAAAUGUGUCGGCCCAAGUUUCAUUCCACAGCCUGCAUUACUCAAAUAACUCGCAUUUUCUUAACACGGUGCUUGUUUUUGUAUAUAACGGACGACGCGACGCGGCAUUGCUCUUCUUAUAUUGUCACUUUGAAUGUACUUAAUAAAAUUUAGUCAAGGAAUGAAAUUUUCCGUUGUUGGAGUGUUCAAGUUUUUAUAUAUACUUGUAUUAGUUUUGUGCUAGUUUCGUUGUUAGAUUUGACGACGUUGUGUACUUAAUCGUACGAUGCAGUACUUAGACGUUAUUGUAAUAUUAAAUGCUGUUGUAUGGCGGACACGCCCCAUAGUUUAAACUCGUGGCCGCUGCUCGUGCGGGCCACACGUUAUGUAUGAUACAAGUAUGUUGCAUAUGAUUUGAGAGUCUCAGUAGCGCGUUGAGUUGUCGAUCCCAAUGAAUAGUCAAUUAUUCGGGAGAGCGCCGCGUCCCGUCGCCGUCAGCUCGUUUAAAGUACAAUUUACCUUAUAAUCUCGUAUUAUUAUUAGUUGUAAUUGAUGUUUGUACACUACUGUCACUGUUGAGCGGUGGUGAGCGGUGGUGGGCGGUGGCGAGCCGCACGUCGCCGGAGCGCGGCCGGAGCGCGGCCGGCGCGCGUCCGAGCCGCGCUCCCGUUAUAUUGAUACAUACCUACGCUAGCAGUAAACACUCAUGUUUGUACAGUUUUUAACGAUAACACUACUUCUCGUAGGUGAAUAAGCAAGAAAUAUUUUUUAGUAUAAUAAGAUCUAAUCGAAUUACAUCAUAGUGUAACAUAAUAAAGUACUCGAGGUUAACGAAAUUUCAUUUUCAAACUUUCUACGGUCCUUCGUUUAAUGAUCGUAUCGGAAAUUGACUCAGUGGAGUGUAAUUAGAAAUAAACAGGAAAAUUUUAAAUGAUGAGAUACAACUUAAAUAAUGGAUAAGUAAUGUAUUAUAAAUAGUUUUAAGGUAAAAAGUUAUUAUUAACAUUGUAUGGAAAAUUGUGACAAAAUUAUAGUCAUUUGUAAUAUUAA